CCACGACAUCAUCACUGCCACGACGGCACCGCCCCAAUCGUGGGCACUACAUUCUUCUGAUCCUGUCCUUUUCGUCCUCGAUACAGCUGCAUUUCGUCAUGAUCAGAAGCUGCCAACGUUAAGAGCGAAUAAAAUAAACAGCAUCAAGAACGACGCGAAACGGGCAACCCUGUUGCGGUGCAAAGGGGGUCUUCCUGUACUUGAUUGAACUGCCAGAACGUUGCACGAGCGAAGAGGACAGAAGACAAGCGGCGAUCCGUUGAGCUGCAUUGCUCACAAAGCGGAUUAGUUCGGGCCAGAGGAGGGACAUCGAGAACACGCCCACACAAUGGCGGAUUCACUGCACAACGCGCCGAUAGUGCUCGACAACGGUUCUGGUACAAUCCGCGCCGGGUUUGCGGGCGACGACCUGCCGAAAUGCUACUUCCCCUCGUUUGUGGGGCGGCCCAAGCACCUGCGGGUGCUGGCCGGCGCGUUGGAGGGUGAGGUCUUUAUCGGGCAGAGAGCCGCUACGGAGCUGCGUGGCCUGCUCAAGAUCCGGUACCCGCUGGAGCACGGUAUCGUGACGGACUGGGACGAUAUGGAGAAGAUCUGGGGCUACGUCUACGACGAGGGUCUGAAGACGUUGAGCGAAGAGCACCCCGUCCUCCUGACCGAACCGCCCCUCAAUCCUCGCAGCAACCGCGACACGGCAGCCCAGAUUCUCUUCGAGACCUUCAACGUCCCCGCUCUCUACACAUCCAUACAGGCCGUUCUGUCCCUCUACGCCUCCGGCCGGACAACGGGCAUCGUGCUGGACGCGGGCGAUGGCGUGUCGCAUGCGGUGCCGGUGUACGAGGGGUUUGCCAUUACGAACAGUAUCCAGCGGAUCGACGUCGCGGGCAGGGACAUUACGGAGUAUCUGCAGACGCUGCUGCGCAAGAGCGGGUACGUGUUCCACACGAGCGCCGAGAAGGAGGUCGUGCGGCACAUCAAGGAGGCUGUCACGUAUGUGGCACAUGACCCGCGGAAGGAGGAGAAAGACUGGGCGCAGGUGAAGCUGGAUCAGAGCAAGGUGGUGGACUACACGCUGCCGGAUGGUAACAAGUUGAAGAUUGGAGCAGAGCGCUUCAGGGCACCAGAGAUCCUGUUCGACCCCGAGAUUAUUGGCCUUGAGUACCCAGGCGUGCAUCAGAUUGUGGUGGAUGCUAUCAACAGGACGGACCUGGACCUGCGGAAAGCACUAUACUCGAACAUUGUGUUGUCUGGUGGCAGCACGCUCACCAAGGGCUUCGGUGACCGCCUCUUGACCGAGGUUCAGAGGCUCGCUGUCAAGGAUAUGCGGAUAAAGAUCUUUGCACCGCCGGAGAGGAAGUACUCUACCUGGAUCGGCGGCAGUAUUCUGGCUGGUCUGAGUACGUUUAGAAAGAUGUGGGUCAGCAUUGAUGACUGGCAUGAGAACCCGGACAUAAUCCAUACCAAGUUCACAUAA